GAAUGUGAGUUCGGCAGGAGAGGAGGCUCGGCGGCGGAUGAGAGAAUGCGAGGGUCUGACUGACACGCUGCUUUUCGUCAUCCAGACUUCCCUCGGAAGCAGCGAGAUUGAUAGCAAGACCAUAGAAAACUGUGUAUGCAUUUUGAGGAACCUCUCCUAUCGGCUUGCAGCUGAAACAUCUCAGGGACAGCAGAUGGGGACGGACGAGCUGGAUGGCCUCCUGUGUAGCGAUGCCAGCGGGAAGGACGGAGAGACCUCAGGCUGCUGGGGAAAGAAGAAAAAGAAGAAGAAGUCCCAGGACCAGUGGGAUGGUGUGGGACCGCUACCAGAUACUGCUGAACCCCCCAAAGGCAUUCAGAUGCUGUGGCAUCCAUCGAUAGUAAAGCCCUACCUCACCCUCCUGUCUGAGUGCUCAAACCCGGACACGCUGGAGGGGGCUGCCGGGGCACUGCAGAACCUGGCUGCUGGGAGCUGGAAGUGGUCGGUGUACAUCCGUGCGGCGGUGAGGAAAGAGAAGGGUCUGCCCAUCCUCGUGGAGCUGCUGAGGAUAGACAACGACCGUGUGGUGUGUGCCGUCGCUACCGCGCUCAGAAACAUGGCCUUGGACGUCAGAAAUAAAGAGUUAAUUGGUAAGUAUGCCAUGCGGGACCUCGUGCACCGGCUCCCGGGUGGGAGCAAUGCUAGUGGAAGCAGCGGGGGUACAGCAAACAGCACAGCGGGUAAAACCAUGUGUGAUGACACCGUUACGGCUGUAUGUUGUGCCCUACACGAGGUCAUCACCAAGAACAUGGAGAAUGCCAAGGCCUUACGAGACGCAGGUGGCAUUCAGAAGCUCAUCGGUAUUGCUAGGAGUAAAGGAGACAAACACUCACCUAAAGUGGUAAAGGCAGCAUCUCAGGUUCUCAGUAGCAUGUGGCAGUACAGAGAUCUCCGGAGCCUUUAUAAGAAGGAUGGCUACUCGCAGUAUCACUUUGUUGGCUCUGCCUCAACAAUAGAGAGAGACAGACAGAGACCGUACUCAUCCUCACGCACUCCGUCAGUAUCUCCGGUCCGGACGUCCCCUAAUAACCGAUCAGCCAGCGCCCCCGCCUCACCCAGAGAGAUGAUCAGCCUCAAGGACAGGAAGAGUGACUACGACUCCACUGGAACCAACGCCAGUUACCAUGGAAACAAAGGAGACCACACUUCCAGAAAAGACACAAUGGCAGUUCAAACCUCCUGUGGAACAUCCACAUUGUUCCGCAACUCGUACGAGACUUCAAAUGACGAGAUCAAACACAACCAGGUCCCAGUGCCGCCCACACCACAGGAGCCACCGCGCAAUGACUACGAGGCGUACCCCAUCUAUCAAAACUCCACCAGGGACUUUGAGGAGCCAUUUUUUGAGGAUCAGGUCCAUCGCCCACCUCCCGCCACCGAUCUGAAUAUGCACCUGGGACUCAAGUCCACCGGGAAUUACGUGGACUUCUACUCUGCCGCCCGGCCCUAUAGCGAACUCAACUACGAAACGAGUCACUACCCCGCGUCCCCCGACUCUUGGGUUUAGGACUUCGAGCACGUAGAGGCCGAGAAACUGCAUGUGCAUGCAUAUCGCAAAACAUUUUUCAGCGAGUUUUGUUAGUCUAAGCUGGUUCCAUGGCGAAUAUGAGCGGAGUUGAGCAAAAAAAAGAAAAAAGAAAGAAAGCGAGAGAGAAAAGAAGGCCUUGACAGAGAAAGAAUGCAUGAGAUGAGAGAGAGCACAUACUUUAAAGAGAAGUGAAAGCUUAACCUUUGGAGUAGAAAGUGGGUUUGUAUUGAAAGGUAUUUGAAAAGUGUAGAGGGAAAAAAACAGAAAUAUAGCAGAGGAAGGCGAGGUAUGGAAGCACAAGAAAAUUAAGUUUGUAAAACGAGCUACGGGAACAGCUUUUCACUAUUUUCAAAACUUCCUUUUCAUUUAUUUGGCGUCACGGUGGAUCAAAAGCUUUUUCUUUACACAUUUUCCACACUAUUUUUAUUUGAUCUUUUUUAAUUCGAUGUAAAGUAUUUGGUGUACAUUAAAGAGAUGCAUAAUGCAUUGUGUAAUUACACAGACCACUCGGUUCUUCCCAUGGCUUUGGGUAUUUGUUUUACAGUACAAGAAAAAGACAAAAAAAAACAAAAAAAGAAUCCUCUGAGAGAUGUUUAAUCUUCAGUGUCCCUUCCCCAAAAUUACAUUCGAAGAACAAGGAUGUAAAUGCCAGUAUCGUUCGUUCUGAAAACGUGAAUAUGUCUGUGGCAACUAAAACAAAAGCAGACGAAGACCGGAGCAUCGUUCCACUCUCCUCUCCUCGUCAAUCAAGUGCUUUCUCACUGCCUACAAAAAUAGAUGUAGAUUUUUGACAGAUUCUUUUUUCAAUUUCACUUUUUUCUUUCUUGACUCAGUGUUGAAUAAAACUAAAUGCGGCUAUUUGUCAUCCAUAUUUGCAGGAAAACUGUCUGUUUUAGACCUUGAUCUCAGUUUUCCGUGCUAAGUGACUGUGCCAAAUUUAAAAAUCUCUUCAGUAAGCACUGGAGACAUUAAGUUUUUCAGUUAGUUACUUCUUCGAUUUGUACCUGUGUUUUUUGUUCAUAAGUGUGUUUUACUGGAAUUAAGCGACAUCUAGAAAACACUGGAAUACUACCAGGAGGGCAAAACGUAACUUUGCGAGCUUAAUUCCCUCCAAAGAUGUACAAAAAAACCCUGUCUCUCAAUGUUAGUUGAGUGUGUGCUGUAUGUCGAUCAGUGUUUGCUAUGAGAGGCUUUGUUUCUGACAGGUGGCUUCUUCUGUUUGACUUGACCAGAGAUGAUGAACUGCUACACUGAGAUGUUAAUAGAGAAUGAUAAAUAUAUAAAUAUGAAUAUAAAUAUAGAUCUAUAUAAUUUUUAUUUGUUGAUGUCAGUGUCACUGAAAGCAACAAACCAGGAAAGACUUGUACAAAAAAAGAAAAACGAUUCUGUUUACCUUCAUGUUCUGAUUCCAACAGAGAAAAGAGAAAAUGAAACUUGAAAUGUUGACCUGGUCCCAGUUGUGUUGUUACCAAGCUACUAAAAUAAUCACGUUGGAUUUGGAUGAUGUUCUGAUGUCAGGACAAUAAAUUACUCUUUGUGAUUUGGAGCCGUUUUCUUAUGUCCAGUAGAUAUGCCACGAAAUCAG